UUUUUAUCAAAAUGAUUCAUGACCACGGCUACUUGCAUGGGUCACCUGACACUAUUGAGAAAUCGCUCUUAAACGGAUCAGUUUAGCUUGUUGUGUACUCACUGAAUGCAUAAAACAAAUUCAAUAUCAGUUUGAAACUAGUCAGACAUUGCGGGGACCAAUUGACGUGUCCGUCGCUGAAAAAAAAAGUUUGCUGGACAUCUGAAGGGAGAUAACACGAACGCGCUGCGUGUUCGCAAGCAGACGAUAAUCAGCCAGGGUAUAGAACGUCUGUCAGUCGUGGUGUGUGUGUACAACGUAAAGACAUUUAUUACAGGUUUUCAACUUAGAGUCACAGUACCUGGAAGACCUCGUCAGUAAUGUCUGUCAUUGAAGGGGCAGACCAAGGGACAGGUUUCAAAUGUAACAAGGAGAAUGAUGAAAGCAUUAGUGCCGAUGACCAGCAAAGAUGCAUAAGUUUUCCCCAAAGUCAGACAGAUGGGUCAUCAGGCCAGCCCGAGGUGUUCCUGAGCCUGGUAUGGCAUGGCUACAAACUAGGUGUGGCCUACUAUGAGGUGGACUGCCCAAAGGUCAACUUCAUGCCUGACUGCCCAGAAAAGGAAGAUCUUGAGUUACUGCAGCAAGUUCUAAAGCAGGUUCAGCCAUCCUGUGUCAUUCUCAGCUCAAAACAAGAUGAGCGUCUUCUGAAAGUUCUCAAGAAAACAGUGUCUGAAGGUGGAGAUUUGGAUGAUGAUGCAGAGAAUAUUCUUCAUUUUUUACCUAAUGGAGAUUUUGGGCUUGAGGUAAGCAAGCGAAGAAUUCUAUCCCUUACUCUCCCUGGCUUGCAUAGUCACAGCACAGAGACGGAGCGGGCCCUAUAUUUUUCUUCCAUCAUGCCUGCAGACAAUGUUUGUGUGGUCAGGGCCAUUGGAGGACUGCUGAAGUACCUGAAUCAGGCCAGAGUAGGAGUAGAGCUUGAAGAUACCAAUGUUCGAGUUCCCAUCCUUGGUUUUUGCAUGUUCACUGUGGAGGAUCAAAUAAUCAUGGAUAAUAUUACAUAUAGUGCUUUGCAGAUAUUUCAUAAAGAAGCACACCCAUCAGUGUACAAAGUUGGUACCACCAACAGCUGCAAAGAAGGACUCAGCCUAUUUGGAAUUCUGAAUAGAUGCAGAUCUCAAAUUGGAAGCAAGAAACUGAGGCAGUGGUUUUUUCGACCCCUUAAAAAUCUUACCACCAUACGACAUCGACUGGAUGCUAUUUCAUUUUUUACCCAGUUGUGCAACAUGGAAGCUGUGAAUUCACUACAGGCUUGUCUGAAAGAGAUAAAAAAUGUUCCUAGGAUCUUGGCUAGAAUGAUCCAGGCACAAGUGAUGCCUGUAGAUUGGAUGGCACUGUACAAGACUGUUUACCAUGCUGUCUACAUCAGAGAUAUUUGCCGAGCACAGGUUCAGCAGGUGGACAUUUUCAGAAAGAUUGGGAAAAAAUUCACAGAUGACCUUCAUAAAGUGGCUAAUCUUCUCAGCAAAACAGUGGAUUUUGAUGCUUCAGUCACUCAGAAUCGGUUUGUGGUCAGACCUGGGCUUGAUCGUGUCCUGGAUGAAAAAAAGCGACUGUACCAUGGAUUACCUGAUCUGAUGACCAAAGUAGCACGUGAGGAACUGUCACGGCUUGGUGAAAAUGUCACUGCCUGCAAUGUCAUCUAUAUGCCACAGAUUUGCUACCUGCUUGCCAUUCCCAAAGCUGAAGGACUGAUCAAUGAAGAAGAUUUUACAAUGCCUGGUUUGCAGUUUAUGUUUGAAUCAAAUGGUGUUUUGCACUACAAAUCUGCAAGGACAAAAGAACUGGAUGCCAUGCUCGGUGAUACUCUGUGUGAAAUCAAAGACAUGGAGACAAGUAUCAUGCACAGACUUCAGAACGCUAUUGUAGAUUCUUCUCAAGUCCUGCUGGAUGUAAUGGAGUAUGCAGCAGAACUGGACUGCCUACUGGCCCUUGCAGCCUGUGCUCAGGAAUUUGGGUAUGUGUGUCCAGAACUAACUGAAGAAUGCAUUAUUGAUGUCAAGAAGGGACGGCAUCCAUUGCAAGAGCUUUGUUGCAGUCCAUAUGUACCAAACAAUGUGCAGUCUGGAGGUGGCCAUGCAAAGGUCAAGAUCUUGACAGGACCAAAUGCUUGUGGAAAGAGUGUCUACCUGAAGCAGGUGGCGCUUAUAGUUUACAUGGCUCACAUUGGGAGUUUUGUGCCAGCAGAGAGUGCAGUUAUUGGUGAGGUAGACAGAAUUUUUUCUCGAAUCAAAUCCCUUGAAAGUGUCUCUGUUGGCCUAUCAACAUUCAUGCUUGACCUCAACCAGAUGUCAGAUGCUCUCAACAAUGCUACAAAGUGGUCACUUGUUGUCAUUGAUGAAUUUGGAAAGGGAACUGAAACUAUUGAUGGACUUUCCCUGUUAUGUGCUUCACUACGCCACUGGCUGAAAAAGGGAGACAAAUGUCCUCACACAUUUGUUUCGACACACUUUCAUAUUAUGGCUCAGCAGCCAUUUCUGCCACUUUCACCAGAGCUGGAGUUUCUGACGAUGGAGACUUUACAGGAAAGUGGAGAACUUGUUUUCCUGUUUCAACUGACCCAAGGACAUACAAGCUCAAGCUAUGCUGCUCACACUGCUCUACAGGCAGGCCUUCCACCAGAAAUUAUAAAACGUGGGCAAGAGGUGUCUAAACUUUUGUGUCAGUACAAACCUGUCCACCCAGUAGAUGACAAGAGUUCAAGGGUUUAUUUGGAGAGGUGCAUGAAGAUUGUUGAAAGGUUCCUCAAUCUUGACCUGCAGAAAGAUGAUGUAGAAAAUUUCCUGCAGAACUUUGUACUUCCUUUAAAUCGGGGAGAGAAUAUAGGCUAACAGCCUUAAUUCUGGAAUAUCGAGCUGCAAAUAAACAGCUGAAAAUAGUCGUGUAUGUAUUACACUUACAGUAUCUUACAACUAUUUUCACUGUAUUAACAAUCACAGAGAGGGCUGGUGCUUUGUUGCAGUCUAGGUGAAAGAUAAGUGCUGCAUCCUCCCUACCCUCCUUUUUACCCCCACCCCACCAAAAAGUCAAGCAAUUAUAACAUAUUCAACAAUUUAUAUGUUCUGAGCAUCAUAAUGAGGCUGAAAAUCACAAAUCUGUCUUUUCUUUUGCUGUGUAAAAAGAGUUUUUAUUUUUCAUCUGGUGGAGCUACAAAGUCAUGCUCAGUGGAUACACUAUUUCCUUCCUGCAGCAAUAAUUUAUAUUGGACAGUGAAGAUGAGAACUUCUGUGGAAUCCAUGAGAAACCUUCCAAAAUGGUAUGCGUGGCUGUGAAUCGAACAAGGACUAAUUACCUCACUGGUGUUGUGUAAGCCUACACACAUUUAAAUUAUCAUCAGAGCAGAUAGCUAAGGAUAAGCCUGUUAUUUAAAUUUUUACAGGUAAAUAGGUACCAGAUAUGAUUGACCAGAAUGACAUUUUUCCCAAACAUUAUUGCUUUUUUUUUUUUUUUAAACCAGACCAUCUCUGUGGUACCCUCAAUGUUUGACCUAGUUUGUCUUAUGGUAGAACCAGGCCUAUAUCUUGAUUUUCAAAGUUUAUACUUCAUCUGCUAAAUUCUUUCAAGGCUGUCUACAUGAUCAAAUGUGCUAAGCAUCAACAUCAGACUUUAUGUUGCUAUAAUUUACAUGAAUUAUGAGGAACUGUAUAGCAACAUCAUUUACUGCUUUAGAAAAAAAUGCAGACCAUCUCUAUGCUCCCCUAUUCUGAUUGCACCCUAGGCCUUGUUUAGAACUGGGCCUAGUUAUGUAUAUGUAUGCAUAUAAAUACUUAAGAAAUACUUAGUCUAACAGUUGUUAUUUUUAUGGAAUGUCAACGGGGUUAAUUGCUUUACAUACUCUGUACACUACGCAAGUAUAGGCAGAGGAUCAUCUUGUUGAUUAGCCCUCUUAACACCACAUAAAAAUAUGAUAUUACGAUGACUGGCUUAUAACUGUGCAAUGGCUUAACUCUCUUAGCAUGAUGGGCCACAAUCGUGGCUUUGCCGGGAAGCAUGGGGAAGAUGAUUUUAUCACAAAGUUAACGUUUUUUCCUUUCCAAAAAUGUAUAGGCUUCUUGGUAUAAUGUUUACCUCAGAGCAGCAAUAAUAAAAAACAAACUUCACCCACUGUUGUCUUCACAGUCUUUAGUUACUAGCCAGUCAUUGUAAUAUUAUAUUCUCACUCUGAGAAAGUACGUAAAGGAAGGUUUUUAUUCACUUGAGUUUGCUGACAAAGGACACAAGAGGCAGUUGUGCUUACAGGAUGCUGAAAUUGUUUCUUGUACUCUGCUUACAAGCAAAUGGAAUACAAUUUUUAACAGUUGAUACAUCCUUUUAUUCUGGACAGCUAUUUACUAAUGUAAAGAAGGGACUGUUUACAGCUCUGACUGUAUGUGUAUAUAUACAGUCGUUACAGCAUGACAGAAAUAUGAAUGUGAUAGAGGUAUUAAUGAUAUUGUGAAGAUAUCUUUAUGAAAGUGAUAUCUAACCUUGGCUGUUCACAGAAACAUUAAUAACCAGCAUUUAGUAUUGUUGAACCAUUUCAUUCUAUAAAAUGUGUGCCUAAAUAUUUGAAUAGUUUCAUAUUACUAAAUUUUAGAAAUAGUUUUGUGUUCUGAAUUCUGCUUUUCAUAUUUCAUUCUUUACAAGAAGUUUCAAGAUUUUCAAGAUAUUUGUGGAUUUUUCCAGUGUUACACAUUUCUUUGAAUUUGAAUACUUCAUUUCAAUUGUUUAAAGUGAGGUGUUACUAAUGUACCCAUGUGAAAGUCAAAGUAAUAUAUCUUCUCACUCUGCCAGUCUUGCGGAGGUAAUACAAGAUAAUAAUCCAUGUUUCUUCGAAAAUAAUAGUAACACUCCCUUAGUUUAGUCUUUUCUUGUGAAAGCACAAAAGGAAAUACUUCUGUUUAUUUUCUGUUUGUUUAGUUAGCUGGUGGUUGGGACUGAGGCAUGUAGGUUAAUUAAAAGGUAUUUGAUAUACUUAACAAUAAUUGUUAUUCAGUAUAUGCCAUUGUAAACAAAAUCAAAGGGCUUCAGUUUUAUAUCUAAUAUGCUUUUGGAUAAACCUGUAUUGUGCUGGAUAUGUCUUUAAGCACUUGUAUUAGUGUGUCACCAUAUUUUACGGACCUUAAAAUAUAUGUAGCAGGGCUUCUGCUAAGGCUAAAUUCUUUGGGGUCUUCAGAUUUUUAAGGGGUUCUUCGCCCAAAUUUGAAUGGGACCCCAUUGACGAAAAUUGAAGGGGUCCUCCGAACUUUUAAUGCGUACUGUACGCAAUUUUUGGCGUAAGCAGAAGCCCUGAAUGUAGUAUGCAUGUUAACAUAAUACUAUUUUGUUGUUGAUGAUAAACAAAAGUGAAAGUUAUUACAAUAAAUUCAUAAAUAUAUAAGGAGCUUGCGCUGUAAACUGAAUUUUUUUAUUGCGUGGUAUUACAAAGUUUAAUGAGAAACCAUGCCCUUUUAAGAUUUAACAAGAGACAUUUCUUGGGCUUUUCUUUUCACCUUAUUUGCUAAGCUUUUUCUUAACAGCAUUUAUUUAGCCUGACAAGUGCACAAUGACGCCAUUUUCGAAAGAAUGCAAGAUGGACUUUUAAGUUCACAUUGUGGUAUCAAAAAGCAGUCAGAUUUAAGUAAACAGAUUUAUCCAAGCCUAGAAAUCAAUACCAUUAUGUCCUCUGCCAACAUGCAUUUAUAGAAGCUUUUUCAUCUAUGAUUCAUGUGACUGCCAGGCCAGCUUAUGCAUGGGUCAUGACCUAGAUGGAGAUGCUUGCCAUCUGUGCACUAUUUGUUUAUUAAUCAUUGCAAAUACUACUUGCACAAUACCAGUCAUGUGAUACUGCUUGUGACUGAAGUUGCACAGGUAGUGCAUUGUACUGUUUUAAAGAAUGUGUUAAAAUAUUGUGCAAGAAUUGAAUUAAUCCACUCAUGGAGGUUUUUUUCUUUUUUUUCUCUCUCUUUCCACUUAAUCAUUUCAACUAUUGAUUUCAUGGUAAUGUUCUAUCAUCAUUAACAAGAAGAUCUGAAGCCAUUUGAAAACUUAUCCAAGUCUUGAAAUUAAGCUCAGUUCUUGGCAAACUUAAAAGGUAAAGGUUGGUCAUUCUUUAACCUUUUGGUUGAAGGUGUGAGGCAUUAGAAACUCCACUUUUCUCAGGACCAGUUUUUUAUGAGGGUGAUGCCUGUCCCUUGAUACUGUUUCCCCAAUCCCUCUGUGGGGUCAUGCACCAACUACUGACAGCUAGUAGGUCGACUUGGGUAGUCUGCUGCACAACACUGAACCAGUGCACAUCUAGGUUCACACGCAAAUCUCUGACCAGUCUAUCUGCUUCCCCUGGCUACACAACAGAACAUACCUCUGUCAUUAGUUUGUAGCACAAAUGUGUAGUUUUUAAGUGACGAUUUUUAGAUGAAUGGUGUACUUGAGUUAACAUAUAUUCAAGUUUAUUAAAGGCUGCAGCCAGUGGAAAAGCUUCAAGAGUAUCAUGGUAAAACAUUUCUGAAUAAAUAAGCUUACAUUUGUAACAGUAUGAUAAAUAAGGUCUUGAUCACCCUGAGGUGAAUACAAUGUGACUUAUUGUAUGAUAUAAGCAGGAUCUGUUUCUUCACUCGGAUAUGGAUAACAGUAUCUUUUGAUAAACUCAUUGAUUUGAAAUUAACUUUUCACUUGCAAUCUUUAAACUGCUGACAGGAUGCAACUACAUCCACAUUUAUGGAAAAUAUCCAUCAUAAAGCACUGUUUAUUCAUAAUAAGUAUACAUAACCAUUUCUGGGGUCCUAAAUGAAUGCAUCACAUGUAUCACUCUUCUAAGAUAUAACUGCUAUAUGACUUUUGUAAAGGUUAGAAGGCAAUCACAACUUCAGUCAAAAGUUUAUGUUCUGAACUUUCACCCUGUGUAAUCAUCAAAUUUGUUGGAAAGACAGUUGAGGUUGGACUGUGCAUUUGGAGUUUGAUCUUACUGUUGCUUGUCGCAAAUUUAAUGUCUGCCAUACUUAGUAUAUAUAGAUUGUCAGUUUUCAUUAUGAGUUCAUAUAUACUAUGGACAUUUUCAAUCAAUAUGCUUAAAUGUGCUGCAUUUUUUUUAAGCUUGAUACAGAUGAGACCAAGGUGUCUGUAAUUACACUUCAAACUAAAUUUAUAGGUAACACAAAAAUUGAAGUAACUUUGUCAAAAAAAAGUUGUGAUAAGAACACUAUAGCUAGUAUAGAUACUUCUGGCAUGCAAAACGUACUUCAUGGCUGCAGCUGUUUUUAAUUAUAUUAUAAUAUGAUCGAUGACAGUUAAUGCUGUAGUCCAGAUGUCACAUGUUAAUGAAACGUAUAUAGUGAGAUAAAAAUGAUUAGACACAAUAAUAAAAAAAAAGAUAGGAAUAAAA